GGGGAGGCGGUGCUGGUCAGGUGCUCUCCGUCGAAGCGGCGUGCAGGUGACCGGCCGCGGCUUACGGGGGCUCCUCUUGCUCCUACCGCCUCCCAGCUAUUGCCCCCGGUCUGCGGGAGGGAGACCCUCCGGACCCUUCCUCCCACUGCCCCAAGCCGAUGCGGAUGGAGAGGAUGAAGAUUCUCUUACACUGAACCGAUCAAGAACUUUGAAAAUGACUUCAAAACGUCUCUGGGUGUCCUUCGUACUUGCUGCAGUCACACUUUCAAUUACAUUUUCUCUCCAACCAGACCAGCAAAAGGUUCUACUAGUUUCAUUUGAUGGAUUCCGAUGGGAUUACUUAUAUAGAGUUCCAACACCCCAUUUUCACCAUGUGAUGAAAUACGGUGUUCAUGUGAAGCAAGUUACUAAUAUUUUUCUAACAAAGACCUACCCUAACCAUUAUACUUUGGUAACUGGCCUCUUUGCCGAGAAUCAUGGUAUUGUUGCCAAUGACAUGUUUGAUCCUAUUCUGAACAAAUCUUUCUCCUUGGGUCACAUGGAUAUUUAUGAUUCUGAGUUUUGGGAAGAAGCGACACCAAUAUGGAUCACAAAUCAGAGGGCAGGACAUACUAGUGGUGCGGCCAUGUGGCCCGGAACAGAUGUAAAAAUACACAACAGCUUUCCCACUCACUACAUGCCUUACAACGAGUCCGUUUCAUUUGAAGUGAGAGUUGCCAAAAUUAUCGAAUGGUUUACAUCGAAAGAGCCCAUCAGUCUUGGUCUUCUCUAUUGGGAAGAACCUGAUGACACCGCCCACGAUUUGGGACCAGACAGUCCGCUCAUGGGACCUGUCAUUUCAGAUGUCGACCGCAAGUUAGGGUAUCUCAUACAAAUGCUGAAAAAGGCAAAGUUGUGGGACGUUUUGAACCUAAUCAUCACAAGUGAUCAUGGAAUGACGCAGUGUUCUGAGGAGCGGAUCAUAGAGCUUGACCAGUAUCUGGACAGAGACUACUAUGUCCUGGUCGACCAGUCGCCAGUAGCAGCCAUCUUGCCCAAAGAAGGUAAAUUUGAUGAAGUCUACGAAGCACUAGCUCACGCUCAUCCUAACCUUACUGUGUACAAAAGAGAAGAGAUCCCGGAAAGAUGGCAUUACAGGGACAACAGUCGAAUUCAGCCGAUUAUUGCAGUGGCCGACGAAGGGUGGUAUAUUUUACGGAAUAAGUCAGAUGACUUUAUGUUGGGCAACCACGGCUAUGAUAAUGAAUUAGCAGAAAUGCAUCCCAUAUUUCUAGCCCACGGCCCUGCCUUCCGAGAGAAUUUCACCAAAGAAGCCGUGAACUCCACAGAUCUGUACCCACUGCUCUGCCACCUCCUCAAUGUUACGGCCAUGCCCCACAACGGAUCCCUCAGGAACGUCCAGGAUCUGCUCAGUGCAGCAGCCCCAAGAGCCGGUCCUUACGGUCCUUACACACAGAGCCCUCCACUCCUCCAGGGUCGUGUCCCACCAGGGGAAAAUGAGCAGGAGGCGUCAUACGCUUACUUCCUAGGGGUCUCUCUUGGUAGCAUUAUAGUUAUUGUGUUUUUCAUAAUUUUCAUUAAACAUUUAAUUCACAGCCAGAUACCUGUCCUACCAGAUUUUCAGGCUGAAAUAUCUCAACCAUUAUUACAAGCCUAAUGCUACUUUGAUGUGGAGAUUGCAUAGUUAUGUCAGUGUUUAAAGGUUUCAAAUCCUAGGAAACCAGCUUCAGAUAUUUGCACAGACCAUUCAGCAGAUGUGUACAUAUAGAGGCGCAGUCACACACACACACAGUCACACUCUCACUCUCAUGCUUACACGCACAUGGACCAAAAUACACACACCUGCAAAGGAUUAAUGACGUGGAAGUACGUUUCCGUCAUUCGCUCUGGCUUCAGGCUCUGGCUAAGCGCCUGCUUUAUUUGGACUUGGCAUUAGCAAUUUUGCACUAUUUGAAGUACAUUUCGUAUUGCACUUUACUCUCGGAAUGGGUACUUGUAUGUGAAAUGCACUAUAUCAGCAAUUUUGUCUUCUCACUCAGUUGAAAAAAAGACCUUUUGCACCCAGGUCCCAGGAUACUUGUUAUUCUUUGCUCAGAGUGAAUUUUCUGAGAAUUCCUGAAUACUGUACAAGCCUAUCUCCUUAAAUUGGGAGAAUAUGAAGAAAGUGAAAACUGUUGAAAAUUCCACAUGAUGAGCUCUGCACAGUGACGUUUGGAGAGAUGUAUUCCCAACGGCAGGGAGCACCUGCGGGAUCUCCUUGUCAUAUUUCUUUCCAAAGGACAUGGGUUUUCAUUUUAUACCCCCCACCAAAAAAGGUUCAAGAGAUUCAAAUACUGACAGAUUCAUUCUAGCCAUAUUGUUUCUGUCAUGAAAUUCAUUAUUGCUAUUUACUGAUUAGUCCUUUUUCUCUGAUUUUGAUCAUCAGACACCAUGAACAUACAUUUCUUUCCUGUGGAGGCCAGCACUGGCCUGAUUAAAAGGGGCCAGGCACCGUCUCAGCAAUGUUUUCUCUUGAUUAUUUGCUUCCUUAAAAAUGAAAUCACUAGUAAUCACAUUAAAAUCAAAUUAGAUAAGACCAAUGUUUUCUUUCUGGUAACCUAUAGUAACAGCACAAGCAUCUUUUAGAUUUGAGCAUUGGAAAUUCCCUGAAUUGCAGAGAGCACAAACUCUGCUAGGGAAAAUGCAGGCCAUGCCAUCUGAAAAGAGCUGUGUGGAGCUUGGGGGAAAAAAAAAUUAGGCAGAACCACUAGUGUUCACAACGUUCCCAGAAUAGUGCUGAAGGCACCCUGAUGGCACAGAGGAAUGAAACAACUCUUAGAGGUAACAAUAUUGAAACAAGAGGAGUUGAGGUUUAUAGCCUUGUUUUCUCAAGUAUUUGAAUAUCCAUUCACCAAGUGCUUGGUGGAAACAAAGGUGAAUCCAAGUUCACAAAUAAGACUUCUGCCUCCUGGGUGGGAUUUGUCAUUUAUCCCCCACGUAAAGCUGUGCUUUAGAUCCCUUGAGUAGUCAGGGUGGGGAGAGGGCGGUUUUACCUAUAGUUUCUUAAAUGAAAAAGGAGGCCCUGGAAAGAACAGUUUUCCUUGGAGAAAUUAGAAACCAGUUUAUAGACACUUGGCUCAUAGAUAAUACUGUGAUCUUACGUAUAUUUAUGUACCCACUGGCUAAUAAGUAGGGAAAAUGUUCGAUGCCUUCCAGAAAGGAUAAACUUGAUGUGAAGAACAGAAGUGGCAUAGUUAAAAAUAUAAUUGAAUUUAAGUGCUUCCUAAAAUUGGGUGAAUGAAUGAUAUUUAAAUGAUAAUACCAAUAAAAAAAUGUUAGCACCUAAGUCUCAUUUCAUUACACAGCAUCUUAAUGGGACAGAAUGGAAUCACUAAGAAUGGACCGUAGAUUAAAAAGCUGCGAAGUUCAACGGUAGAGAGCAAAUUCCUCAAGAGGUUUGCACUCUGGAUUAGACGUUUUAAACUAUGUGCUGGCUUGCUUGGUAGUGUGAACCUACCUGCAUUAUUGAGGUGCCGAUCUGAUGACUGAAAGAUGAAAUUGGUCUAAAAGCAUUACUGUUCAAGUGCUAACUGUACAUUUCAAGUAAUUGUUGCAGUAAAUUCAGUUUAGAGGGUGCUAUUACCAUAGUGGUAAGAAGAAAGUAAAUUCUGUGAUGUUGAUGAAAUCAUUAAAACUUGGACAUGAAGAUUUGAA